AUGUACUAUAUCGCUGCUUUGGUCUCUAUAUUUUGCGCUGGGGAGGUAUUGGCAAUGAGACGCGAGUAUUUCAUUGCAAUGGAAGAAAUAGUUUGGAAUUACAACGGCCCUGAGAGCAGCCGAGUUUCUAGGCGUCGUGGACCGGCCAGGAUAGGAGGAGAAUAUAAGAAAGCAGUUUUUCGUCAAUACACUGAUUCCACCUUCAGCACUCGAAGUCCGAGACCGGAGUCAUUGGGAUUGUUUGGUCCUAUUAUUAGAGCUGAGAAAUCCAGUGAGGGAGCGUUGUACUCAGACAACACAACAUCUUCAGAUAAAGUCGAUGACACAAUUCCACCCGGAGGAAAACAUACUUAUGUCUGGGAAGUUAGAGACGCGCAAGAUUCUCAAAUAUUUGUACAAGACAAAUAUUUGCUUCAUAUCACUUACUUACUUUGUAGAUAUGCUCCAGGAAAGGAAGAUCCAAACUGCUUAACCUGGGCUUAUCAUUCUCAUGUUCACUCGUCAAGAGGUCAACACACUGGCUUAAUCGGAACUCUCCUCACGUGCAAAGAAGGAACAUUGACAUCUGCGGGACAACGUACUGAUGUAGAUCGUGAAUUUGCAAUUAUUGUCUUCAUCAUUGACGAAAACGAAAGUUGGUACAUUGACGAAAAUAUUAAGACCUACACUCUGCAGCCAGAAACUGUAUAUAAAAAAGAUCCAGAUUUCAUUGAAAGCAAUGUAUUUCACGCUAUGAAUGGAAAAAUCUCAUUAAGGCUCUCGGUUGAAAUGUGCAAGGGCGAUUUGGUGAACUGGUAUCUCAUUGGAAUGGGAUCAGAAAUUCAUGGGAUGAAAUUUACUGGAAAUUCAGCAAUUACUAAUGGACAUCGCGGAGAUAUUGUGCCUUUGUUCCCGGCAACAUUCAUGACUACAAUUAUGAGAGCUGACAAUCCAGGAAAGUGGAUUUUUGGAUGCCAAGUGACAAACCAUCUUGCUGGCGGAAUGGGAAUGUUUUACACAGUAAAUGAUACUUGUAAACCAGCGCUGGGGGCAGAAUUUGGAAAAGGGUUAGAAAGUGUUGGCGACACCAUUCGGACAUAUUGUGUUGCAGCAGAAGAAGUGGAAUGGAAUUAUGCACCAACUGGAAUGAACAUGAUUACACAAAAACCGAUUGCUGAAAAGGGCCAGGAAAGUCAUGAAUAUUUCAAGAAUAGUCCAGAUAGAAUAGGAGGAAUCUAUAUCAAGGCGGUUUAUAAAGGAUACACUGAUGAUACAUUUCAAGUAGAAGUGGAACGUGAUCCUGUAAUGGGAAUCCUUGGUCCUAUUAUUUUUGCCGAAGUUGGAGAAACAAUACAUGUUGUAUUUAAGAACAAGGCUAAUCGGAAAUGA